AUGGCUCGUGGAAUACAAAGGAAGCGAGGUCGAAGUGCAGGUUGUGAAAGUAUCCAGUUGGAGAGUUUUGGUGAUAAAGUAGGGCUAGAGUUUAUCCAAACUCGGCAAUUGACAAGGAAGCCCACCUAUCCGUAUCGGACGUUGGUACUUCAAAUGUCAAAAUCUCAAGGCUUAAUGCAUAGAGCAUCCAGAUAA